UUUUAGUCUGUUACACUUCAAACUGACAUCGGCGAUUUAAAAAUCGAACUCUUUUGCGAAGACACUCCGAGAACGUGCGAGAACUUUCUUGCUCUCUGCGCAAGCCAUUACUAUGAUAACUGCGUCUUUCACAGGCAGUCCAAGAUGCUCUAACUGUCCUUGAAGAGAUGAAGACAGAUGGAAGAGACCCACUUUCCGAUGUAGACGAUGACCUUGAAUGGCGUUUAUGCGAAAUAAACAUGGAAACAGUAAAGAGAUGCGCUCAUCUUAUGGAUUACCUCCUUCAGGUCCGAUUCGCUCUGAUGCCCCUGAGGUAAAGUUUGAGGACGAGAGAGAUGCUGUGGACACUCGCGCCGGUCAGGUUGAUCUUGUGAUAGAGAGCUCUGGUGUGCAAGCUAGCAGUUUGAUGGAGGAGGAGUUGUUUGGACGCUAUGAUCGCCAACUCCCCAGGUUCCCUGGAGAAUGCCUCAAUAAUGUGAAAAGCCUUUUGACAACCGGAAGUGAUGUUGUUACCUCGACAACAGUUAUGCAACGUCACCUCAUGCCACCUCCAGGGAAGCCAAACAAAUAUACCUGCACAGCUGCAAGAUAUUUUUUGACGAACCUGGAAGGGCUAGGGCUGGGAAAGAUAGAAAAAGCUGGCAGAAAAGCGAUCCAGUUUCCAAAGCGGCCCUGGGAGGAACUAGAUGACGAAGCACUUGAUCUGAUGGGAAGAUGCAAUGUGAGCUCUGCGUGUUAUAAAAAAUUGAAAUCAUAAAAAAAACACUCUUUCUACUCGAUAUCCAAUUUGAAUCUGAAUUAUUUCACUGUUAUAUUCCGCUUUGUGCAAGUUAUUGCUAGCUAUGAAAAGAGUAAAGGGUAUUUUGCUUGGUGGCGAAAUUGGUGUCAUUUAUUCUUUGCGUGUGGGAUUUGUGUGCGUGUGUGUGAUGGUGGUAGGGGAUAGCCAGUUCUGCAAUAGCUAAUAGAUAUCCAAUAAAAUCAGUAAAAUCAGAUUUUUAUAAGCAUUGAAGUCUCUAUUUUAUGAUAUUAUCUGAUAUUAUCCAGUCGUGAGAUGCAAUAAUCUAAGUUCAACACAGCAGUUCUUAAGUUCUAGUAUCUGAUAUAUAUCAGUAAUUAGAUGGAAUCUCUCGUCCUUAUCUUAUGAUAUUAUCUUAUGAUAUUAUCUGAUAUUAUCAAGUCGUGAGAUGCAAUAAUCUAGGUUCAACACAGCAGUUCUGAAGUUAUAGUAUCUGAUAUAUAUCAGUAAUUAGAUGGAAUCUCUUGUCCCUAUCUCAUGGAUAUUAGCUGAUAUUAUCAAGUCGUGAGAUGCAAUAAUCAAGGUUCAACACAGCAGUUCUUAACUUAUAGUAUCUGAUACAUAUCAGUAAUUAGAUGGAAUCUCUCGUCCCUAUCUCAUGGAUAUUAUCUGAUAUUAUCAAGUCCUGAGAUGCAAUAAUCUAGGUUCAACACAACAAUUCUUAAGUUAUAGUAUCUGAUACAUAUCAGUAAUUAGAUGAAAUCUCUCGUCUCUAUCUUAUGAAAUUAUCUGAUAUUAUCAAGUCGUGAGAUGCAAUAAUCUAGGUUCAACAUGGCAGUUCUAGGGGUAUAAGAUCCGAUAAAUAUCAGAAAUUGGAUUUGUAAGUUUUGUUAUAAUAUCGGCUAAAUAUCUGAUACUAGAAACCUUUGAAAAAAUAUCUGAUAUAUAUCCGAUUUUAGAUGAGUGAUAAAUAUCUAUAUAAGUGCCAGAAAAGGUCGAUAUCGCGCCUUUAUGCUGAACCCCCUCCCCCCCUCUAAUGUUUUAUGUAGCAGUGCUAAACUUCAGGGAAAGACAGCCUGCAUUUAACGGCAUUGAGCUGUGGGGGGAGCGCUGAAGAGAGAUUUUUUAUACAGUACCUGUCCCGGGUAAAAGUUAAGGACACUUGUCACUAAUAUUAUAGUCUUUUCAAUUUUCUUACCUUUCUAUCUUUUACUUGCCUUCUGUCUUUAUGAGUCUGGAAUGUCCUGUUUCUAACUUUUCAAAUAUUUUUAAUUUCCUGUUUUUCUUUGUAGAAACAUCAAAGGAUUUAUGGUACAGACUGGUGAUCCUACAGGUUUG